AUGAGGCCUCCGAAAAAGUCGAUCCACGCCGUCACCACAUGGGUGCGGCGGCAGCCUCCGAAAGUAAAGGCUUUUCUCGCCGUCGUUUCAGGCAUGGCGGCGCUCGUGUUUCUCCGCUUCAUCGUUCACGAUCAUGACAACCUUUUUGUCGCCGCUGAAGCUUUCCACUCCCUUGGAAUCUCUGUUCUCAACUACAAGCUCAUGAAAGAGAAGACUUGUGCCGGUUACCCCUUCCCUUCAUCUUCUCACAAUUUAAUUCAAUUGCUCCAUCGAAUUUCUUGCUUUUCUCGACAUAUUUAUGUAUUAAAAAUUCUUCUUGUUUCUUCGGUUCUUUUUGGAGACUAA